UUAAGAAAGGUUAAAUAGAGAGAAAAAUUCAUUUGGGAACUGACAAAAGUCACACUGGGUCUUUAUGGGUCAAUCAUGGUAUAAAAGCAAGAUCCCAUUUAUUUCUGUAUUAUUUGAUCAAUGAUAUUUUUCAAUCACCUUUUCAAGUGUCUUUUCUGUUUCUGGAUUUAAGGCAUGUAUAUUCAGCCUAACAACUGACCAUACCUACCACUACACUAUGGAAACAUUUAGUCCAACAGAUAAGUGGUGUUUCAUGGGAAAACAGACAAUAAUAAUCAGCAUCACUUCUACGUGUGUCCAGGUCUAUAUUGACUCACCAAACAAAAAGACAAGCAGCCUCAUUUAUCAUAAGUGUCUAAAUUAAAUCUGCCGUGGUCAACCAACACUGGUAGUUUGUUCAGUCGUGGCCUGUCACCCACUAAAUGACAUUCGGUUGCCAUGACAACAAGGAGGCAGCUGUAGACUCUUCCUGUUUCUAUAAGCGGGUUGAUUAAGCAGAAGACGAGACAACUGGGUGAAUCUACUAGAAGGAGCAGAAACAUGACUGGUUAAAAAGCCUUCCCAUGUAAACGUCAUAUCUGCGAUGGAAAACAUCAGCCUGGCCUUUAAUCACUCUGAAUGCUACCUAGUGGACAGUGCAUCCAGGAGGGGGGCGUUUUUAUUUUUCUAUCUGCUUAUCAUCCUGGCUGCCAUCCCAUCCAACACCUUCUCCCUGUAUGUGUCCUGGCAGCACAUCAGACAGAGAAAUGAGCUCGGUGUGUAUCUGUUCAACCUGGCCAUGAGUGACCUCACCUUCACCGUGGGCCUGUCGCUGUGGCUGGACUUCCUGUGGAGAGGAGUGUGGGCUCAUGGAGAUUUUGUGUGCGGUCUGUCUGUCUUCAUUCUUUUCACUAACUUUUACACCAGUGAUGCUCUCCUGUGCUGCAUUGCUGUCGACCGUUACCUGGCAGUAGUUCAUCCAUUUAAGUACAUAUUCUUGAGGAAACCUGGGACUGCAGUAGCGGUCAGUGUCGGCAUAUGGGUGUUGGUGAUCUGUUUCAACGCCACUACCAUCCGCUGGAAAGACUACUACUAUGAAAACAAAGCAUUCUCAUUGUGUUUUGAUAUCCUCCUUCCGCAGUCAGAGAACCUGGCUCGAACUAAUAUACUGCGCUUCUUCCUGGGGUUUAUUGUCCCGCUUGUCCUUGUGUUAUUUUCCACCUGGGGGAUCUUUAAAGCAGUGAAAUCCAACCGGGCAACAGAGGAACAGGAGCGUAAACGGAUUGUAAAGCUGCUCAUAGUAGUUCUGCUCUGCCUUUUGAUCUGUUUUGGACCUGUCCACACCAUGAUGCUCCUUCGUACAUUGGUUCCUGACUGUAAGAGCGCCGCGCACCUACUCUAUCCAUACAAGAUCAGCAUUGCCAUCUCAAGCCUCAACUGUCUCGCAGACCCUCUUCUUUACUGCUUCAUCACUAGGACAGGACAGGCCAUCGCCAAUCAGGUUGUUCUGUACGUCCAGGGAAAGAAAAAUUUCAAAGAUGGAAGUCAAUGUAUGGAAAAUAAACCAUAACAAAUCUAGCAUAGGAAUAAAUAUAUUGACUCUGACUAAUUUGUGAUACUUCGGAUGACAAUCAAAAUAAUGUUGCUUAAACACUAAUGAAGUUCCGUUAAAGGAAAGGAACAUCUACCAUCAACAAAAGCGGCAACAGAAGCUUUGAGAGAUGGAAAAUCCGGAGAGAGCUGACUGCUGUAGUUUGUCAUACUUAUGUAUUUUUGGUCAAGGAAGAGACCAGUGAAAACGGCAAACUGAUUGGACCAAUAUUCUGGGAGAUAUUAGUAAUUUUGGAAUACAAUGGUCUCCCAAUGGCCAAUCAUGUUGCUGCCCAGAAUCACAGAAUUGUCACUGAAGUGGGUUACCUAGCAACAGAUAAACAAUAGGGCCACGUUGCCAUGGUGUCAAAUUUCAUGUGCAGAAACAGGCAUGCCAGCUGAGAGGU